AUGGAGGAGAAGGCGAGGUUGGAGAAGGAGUUGAAGGAAGAAAAAACCAAGGCAGCCUCUGAAAUGGCAGCAUACCCCGACCUGUACGUCGCAGUAGUGGAGCAGUUCAAGAGGUUUGCUGACUUCCAGAUGGCGAUCGAUGCCGUGGUCGCCAGCAACUUGGCGAGAGAGGGGGCCGGGGGGGCUGGCCUGUCGGGAGCGACCGCUGGAGGCAGGAGUGAAGAUGAAAUUGUUCUUGAUAAUGGGCUCACAGUAGCUGUCAAGAGGCUUGAAUCCUUUGAAAAUGGAUCAAGAAAAUCAGUUAAGAGACGAAUGCAGCAGGAUGUGGAAUCCAUUGCUAGGUUAAGAGAUAGGAAUUUGAUGAGUUUAAGAGCUUUCGUUCGCGAACCCAAUAGGUUUUCAUUGGUUUAUAACUAUAUUCCAAAUGGUAGCCUUGAAGAUGCCAUGAACAGAGUGAGGGAGAACCAGUUGGAGCUUAAUUGGGAAACAAGGCUUCGGAUUUCAGUUGGGAUAGUUAAGGGGCUUCAGGAUGAAUCAUACCAACAGUCCUUAUAG